AGAGCGAAAACGUCGUCUGCAAAACUACAAGAAACAUAGAUUGCUUUUUUUUAGUAUGGAGAUUGAAGAAAAACUAAAGCUAGUUGAGGCAGUUGUGGAGUAUAUGGAUACAACUAGUAAUCUGGAAAGAGUGAAACUACAAUGUAUACACUACAACAAGAUAGAAAAGGAAAUGUUUUUGUACACAUUUAAGAUUCUAGUCAAUCCAAGUGAUGUCUGUGAAAAAGACGCCAGCCUUGGUAACUGCAUACUUUCAACUCCAGCAGUCGCCACUAGCCUUUUCCAGGAGGUAGUUUUCCAGGUGGUGCAGCUGCUCUCCCUAUUACAUGAAGAUGUUACACUGUCCCAGAUCUGUGUCAUACUGAGGCUGACUUCACUACCGAGGAUAACUCAGUUGUAUGAAGUGGAACAUGCUAACCAGCUAAGUGUGUUCUUCAACAAAACUGUGUUUGUACAUCUGACUGGUAUUAUUGUGGGAGUAACAGCCACCUCAAAGUAUACACAAGGUACAAGGUACGCCUGUUAUGACGAGGAGUGUGAGGGCCACAGUGGUUACCACUUCAUCCGAGUCCAUAUGCCAGGAGCAUCUGAGGCACAGACUAUCAGGAGUGAUUUUAAAUGUACUUUCUGUUGGAAACCCCUGAGAGAAGUAAAGACUUGUCGCACCUUAGCAGACAGAGUUAUAGCAGAGGUUGUACCUGACACUGUAUUCAGACAUGGAAACAGCAACUCAUUCAAGUUCCUUGAGCAGGCCAUCCCCAUAUAUAUUAGAGGCGAUUUGACGAGGUGUGUGGAGAUUGGUGGAUGUUACGAUAUUAUAGGACUCAUACAGAAAACUCAGCAGGACGAGAAAGUUGUCAUGGCAAUAGAGGUUAAUAAUAUGAAAAAGGUGGGCAUGAUGGAUAUGAGCCCUGCUGUUAAAUCUGCUGUCCUUCCUGAUGUAAUCUACAAAUUAUAUCAAGACAGGAAGCAUUCCCCCUGGAGCUUUGUACUAAGUCUGGCAUUUUUCUUUGGAGGAGAUAUCAGUCCUUGUGGUACCUACCUCAAACUGAAGCUGUCACUGCUGGUCAGCCUGAUGUCUCUACCUCCAACAAACAAGUCCUCAUUCAGACCUUUACAUGUGCUGGCUAUUGGUCAAGACACGUUCAUUCUGAACCAGCUGAUGACCUACACACAACACUUCUCCAACAGAGCUUGUGUUUACUCCUCCAUCAACAACCUUGCUGGCAAGGUCUCUAAAGACAAGUACGCCAGCUCUCAGUACUUCAUAGACGGUGGAUGUCUUCUUUUUGGAAAAGAUGGAGUGUGUUAUCUUGGUGAUGUCUGCCGGUUCAGAAAAAGCAUAUGUGAACAAAUACGGACAGCUCUUAGUAAUGGCAAGGUGACAAUUGACAUAGCCAGUAAGUACACAGGAGGCUUACCCCAGAAGGUGGAGCAGAAAUUGGAAUGUUUGGUGUGGGCUUACACAGACUCCAUCACCAACAAAAAGCCUCAGCAUUUUGAUGACAUUUUCACUGGCUGUGAGAUGGGCAACAUGGCAAAACCCAUGUUGGAUGUGUUCAGCCUGCUCCAGUUUGUUGACAGUGGAGACAGCAGUACCAGGGAGGAGGUAGCAUUGAGGUGUGCUGACCAACAACUUACGUCAUCUUUGGAACUGGACACUGACCAUGGUCAACUGGAAUCUAGUGCAUCUCCCAUUAGUGACCACGACAUGGCCCAGUUUUUGCGGCUAGCACAAGCCAGCCAGCCUACAACAAGCCGAGAAGCUGACAGCCUUAUCCACAGGUACUAUGUAGCUAGCAGGAAGGUACGCUCCUCAAACAGUGACGAACCCAGCAUCCCUGUCACUGCACUGCAGACCAUUUGUAGUUUAGCUAUUGGUCACACCAAACUGAGUCUGCGGUCUGUGGUCACGGAGGAGGAUGCACUUAUGGCGAUCAAACUAUACGAGGAAUCUAUAACUGCAAGGUUUGGUUAUUCAGUUUUGAGUGUCCAGCCAUCCCCACACCUACCGGUCAGUCAAACUAGUGAUUUCCUGGGAUACGAGAAUGACAGACAAAUGAAACAAUUCUAUACAACACUAGUGCGCUUCUGCACAGCACAAUCUUACAUGGAGGAGUGAUGCCUCAGAAAGAAAUGCAAACAAGCUUUGAUGAUUUGAAUAAUACUCUAAAGCUGGACUUUGAUGAUUUGUGAAUUAUGGUUUUUUAAUGAUUAUAAAUGUACAUGGAGGAUAAAUACUUUACUGCUGCGAAUGAAUGCUAGUUUUAUUGCCAAUUCUUUGUUGCAUAAAGCAAUCAAUGCGAUGUGGUAUUGUAUUUCAAAGUAAACUGAUUUCACUAAUGAACAUGCAAUGUAGAUUUCUGAUAAGCUGCAUACAGGUACAAUUAUUGACCUGUCUAGAACAUACCUUGUGAUAAAUGAUUAGUGACUGUGAUAUUUAACAAGUUACUUGGGUUCAUUGCCAAUAAAAGUAUUGAUUUCCUACAAUGCCCUUGUGUAUUUUUUCAGGAAAAUAUAAAAGAU